AUGGAGAACAAACCAGAGACUUCUGAGGGGCAAGCUACUCCUUCUCGCUGGAAACGGUGGUUUGGGGACAAGUCGAGGGACGAGUUGUCUGGGGGGAUGGAAGAGUCUUACCGCUCCAAGUCGACAUUGGGUAUCUUGAGCGAUAAGCAGACGGACGAAGUACCUGGAACGGUUCUUCUGUUGUCCCACGACCGCAACGAACCGCUAGGAUUGCGACGUCAACCCGAGCGUACAGCUGCGUCAUCGUUUCCUCAACCGAAUCCUCGGACCUCAUCUCCUUCUCGUGAUCCGAUUAAGAAGACUAACAAUGGUGUCGUCUUGAACCCGCAGCCUGAUGAUUCUGCGAAUGACCCGCUUAACUGGCCGGUUUGGCGACGAGAUGCUGCGCUGCUGUCGCUGGGGUUCUACAGCUUGCUGGGUGGGGGAAUGACCCCUGUCCUGGCGGCGGGAUUCAAUAACGUUGCCGCAACCUAUGAUGUGUCGACGCAACAGGUGGCUUACACGACUGGUUUAUACAUGUUGGGACUGGGAGUGGGUUCGGUGAUUAUGUCUCCGACAGCAAUCUUGUUUGGAAAACGACCAGUCUACUUGCUAGGCGCCUUCCUUUUUAUUAUUUCAGCCGUGUGGUGUGCACUAUCGCCGAAUUACGCUAGCUUGGUGGUCGCCCGUGUUUUCCAGGGCAUCGCAGUGAGCCCGGUCGAAUGUCUUCCAUCAGCCAGCAUCGCAGAGAUCUACUUUUUGCACGAGCGAGCAUACCGGAUCGGCAUCUAUACCCUUCUGUUACUAGGUGGCAAGAACUUGGUGCCGUUGGUGAGUGCCGCCAUCAUCAACAGCAUGGGAUGGCGCUGGGUGUUCUGGAUCGUGGCUAUCAUUACCGGAGGGUGUCUAGUAUGCAUUUUCUUCUUCGUACCUGAGACCUUUUGGGAUCGCACACCUCGUCCCCACCGUCAUCACAAACGACCAAAUCUGCGCCGGAGUGUCUCCAAUAUAAUCUCUCACGGACGACGAGGUCGGCCGUCUUAUGCCGAAAGCCUGGCCGACAAGGUGGAAGAAGAGAUUCAGCCCCCGUCGCCGGUUGCGGGAAGACAUCCAGAUCGCCAUGUUGGGUUCGCCAACGACGGAGAGAAGGUGGACGAACAUGAUGUGCAUGAUCAACACGAGGGCGGCCGAACCAUGGCAGCGUCAACCGCGGGAACGGAGAGAGCGGCUGAUCCUGAGAAACCAGAUCAUCCGAAUGACCCUGAAGCGGCCAGGCACGCUACAGGCAACGACUCUCCUGCACCGAUCACCGGACAGGCACACUACACCAACCGUCUUCGAGAACGGGGUCCAAUUCCAUUCGCCUCGUAUCUCAGACCCUGGCCAGGCCGGAUCACCCACGACCAUUGGCACCGUGUUGCAGCUCGACCGUUCAUUCUCUUCGCAUACCCGGCCAUCUUGUGGUCCACGGCGGUUUAUGCACUGUCGGUGGGAUGGCUGAUUGUCAUGUCAGAGCUCGUCUCGCAUAUUUACCAGGGAGGGAGCUAUAACUUCACCUCGCUGCAGACGGGUCUGAUCUACAUCUCCCCGUUCGUAGGAGGUCUAAUCGGUACCGCAGUAGCGGGUAAAGUGUCCGAUAUCAUCGUCAAGUUCAUGACCCGUCGUAAUGGAGGCGUCUAUGAGCCGGAGUUCCGACUCGUGAUGGGCAUUCCUAUCGCUUUGUCGACGACGGCAGGAUUGAUGGCAUUUGGCUGGAGUGCGCAGGAGAAGGACGCAUGGAUCGUGCCUACGAUAUUCUUUGGACUGGUAUCAUUUGGAUGCUGUCUCGGUAGUACAACGGCGAUUACAUUCGCCGUGGACAGUUAUCGACAGUAUGCAGGAGAAGCCCUGGUGACGCUGAACUGGAGCAAGAACGUCUUUCACGGCCUAAUCUUUUCCCUGUUCGUUGUCGACUGGAUGGAAUCCGACGGGGCGCGGACAGUAUUCUUGGCCCUUGGCGGCAUCCAACUAGGCUGUCUGCUAUUUACAAUCCCGAUGUACAUAUACGGCAAGCGGGCGCGGAUGUGGACAGUACGCAAACGUUUGAUGGAGAAGUUUUAG